UCCUGCUCACAGAUUGAAAGGACAGGAAAUAACUGAGCGAUGGUACCACUAUAUUACAGGCAUAAAGUACUCUUCGAGCUGAAGCGAACAGCGAUUUCCUCACGCUCAGCUCAGUAGAGCUCUUCCAGGCGCCAGUAUUUCACCACACUGCAGCCAAUAGGUUCACAAAGCCGCCUGAAAAGUGAAUAUAACCUAGAAGCGUGAUGUCGCACCCCGAUGCUACUGCCCAAGGUGUCUCUCACAACGUGGUCACCUUCAGGCCACACCAAUUCGAAGGAGACAAGCGGAUGCCCAGACAACACAUCAGGUGGAUGCUUGAAUUUUGCCAGAAAGUGUUCAGGAACGAACCAGACGAGACGCAACAGUUCCUCGACGUGGGGUGCGGGAUCGGAGAUCUCACGCGAGACGAGCUGCUGCCUCGAUGCUUGCCGUGCCGCCGUAUCGUCGCCGUCGACGUGUCAAGCGAGAUGGUGGAGCAUGCCGCAAGUCACUAUCAAAACGACAAGCUUGAGUUUAGGAGGUUGGACAUUGUCAGCGACGAAGAAGUGAUCAAGUUUAUCGACGAGCAUGGUCUCUUCGAUAGGUUGUACUCGUUUCACACUGUCACGUGGGUGCGGGACCAAGCUAAGGCAAUGAAGAACAUGGCCAAGCUUCUGAAACCUGGCGGAGAGUGCCUUUUGAUUUUCCACGCGUCUCUGCGGUUAUUCGACGUCAACCGAAACCUUGUUAAGUUGGAACGUUGGUGCAAGUAUUCACACGUGGUGGACCAGUUAGCACCGAAGACGCAAGACAUGAACUACGACGAGUGUCUGGAAUACAUUUCCAGGAUUCUAGCAGAAGCUGGACUUUCGCCGAGCAUAUUGGAGCUUCCAGUGUGCACCAUGCUUGACAACCACAGCCUCCAACUCUUGGCUGAUAUAUGUGCCUUGAAGAGUCCUUUGACUGCAGUUGUCUCGGAAGACGAGAAGCAGCAGUUCCUGAUAGACCUGGCACAGGAGACGGCGAAAAUGCACUCUCCCGACGUGGAUUACACUCAAUACCGGAUUUACGUGAUCAAGGCGUCGAAAAGGAAAGAUCAGAGCUGCGACUCGAACAGCCGCUCAUGAAACGGCAGAAGACCCUCCCUACUUCAUCCAUAGAAUGGCUUAAAUUCAAAAUAAACAUGGCA